UGCUUCUCUGUCCUUAGUGUUCAGAAAAGUCAUAUUUUAAUGUAUGCAGCUUCAUAUUUGCAGUUCUGCCCUUACAUAUUUCCCUAUCAAAAUACGCAAUCGUAAUUUUGACUGCAAUGUCACGAAAUGUCCUUUUUCAUUAUAGAACAGUAUCGGCCUUUUUUUGUUGAUGUAGUGUAUCAGGUGUAGACAGGUGGCUGCAAAUAAUAUCUUUGCGUACGUUCACUACCGUCUAACUGCCCUAAUUUAAAAUUAGUUGAAUUACCGCUUAAUGCUAUACAGCACAUCCCAUACAAUGUGAUAAUAAAAACUGAUGUGAUAUAGUGAUUUGAUUCUUUUGGAGCGGCCUGCGAUUUGUAUUGUCACUCUAGCUUGUAGGAACUUUGGUUAAAUUUGUAUUGGUACAAUUGAAGAUCGUGACUUGUCAGUGUAGUGCUCUGACAGUAGUUGAAUGAAAUCCGUAAUAAAAUACGAUGUAUGCCAUCGUGUUUGGGGUUUCUCAUUGUCCUUUACAUAUGUAGUAAAGGAUGGCAAUCGCAAGUUGGAUGUUAAGAGGGAGGAGUUCGCGUGCUGGCCGUUCCAUACGCAGUCCACAGGAUAGUGAAGACGAUGUGCAGAUCGACUUCUCCAGAGAUGCUUCUGAAAUAUGCAAGGAAGUUCUGCAUAAUUUGUGCAGAAAAAAAGGUCUCACAGAGGGGAAAAUAUUUAGUUAUAUCAGUGCCCUAGUAAAACUGAUAUCGAAGGUCAAUGGACCUUCAGAGCUUGGGUAUUCUGUGGAACAGUUACAGUGUUGUUUGCGUGUUCCAUUAAUUCACGAGGCAUCCCGUGUCAGAGCAGCAGCUCUGCAGGCUGUGAGGUACACAGUGAAAGAAGAGAAGCAUGUAAGAUCACUGUACUCCCUAAAUUACCCUUAUCUCAUUGCCAGGUGCCUUGAUGUGAACCUUCGAAAUGAUAUGGAAAGGGUCCAAGCCCUGCGUCUUGUGCGCCGUCUUUUGGCUUUAGCACCAGGCCUUUUUCCACCAGCUAUUGUGCGUUCCCUUGUGUCUCUCGCUAAUGGGGCUGUUGAAGAGAAAGAUCAGAUGCUGAGAGCGUGCCUUGCCACACUGGCUGAAAUAUGUGUCCUUAAUUCACCAUUAUUUAUUGAAUGUGGGGGUGUUGCAGCAGUAUCUCGGAAUGUAUUGAGUUGUCAGAUGCCUCGUAUAAGUGAGACACUUUCAGGAGUGCUAUUGUUCCUCUUGAACCACCCCAGCACAAGAAGGCGAGCAAGUAUCUUCCUGUCUACACUAGCAGCUCCAUACUGUGACUUUCAUGUAGAUUGUAGCAGUCGAGCUGCAAACAGUGCAAAACUCAGUAUAUUGGGCUGAAGAAAUUAGAAGAUUCCAACUGCCGGACAUUUAUGCGUCGCCUUGUUAAUUAUUUUAAACCAUCCAGCAACCGCUUUAGUAGAGUUGAAGUGGGAAAUAGACGUCAAACUCACAUUUAUACAUUGGCCGGUUGUGAGCUUAUAGACUGCUUACUUGAAGCAGAGGAGCCAGAAGGUGGAAAGCUUUUGCCAGAGUUGCUGGCAGACAUCUGGCAACAUAUUGACGGAAUCACAUCAUCAAAGACUGCACAUGACUGCUUAUUUAGCCCACAAAAUAUGCAGAAUUCAUUAUGCCAGUAUUAUUUCUUAUUUAUUGGGAGAAUGUGUCGUACUAACAGGGGUCAACAAACCUUGGAGAAAGCUGGUAUUUUGCAACAGUUGCUGAAUCUUGUCGGAAACACCAAUCAUGAAUGUUACAUAAAGCUUGUUGUAUCUGGUUUGGACUACAGUCUCGAUGGUAUACCCAGGACAAUUUUGAGAAGAGUUCUUACAAGCACGUCAGAAUCGCUUCGCCUCUAUGCAACUCAAAUGAUGACUGUUUUUCUGAGAGCUAAAGUUACUGAUUUUCACAAGUGGGGUGUAGAGAUGCUUGUCGCACAGCUACAGGAUACAUCUAGGAGUGUGUGCCUUGCUGCAGUUUCUGUUCUCAUGGAGGCUGCUGAAGAGGAGGUGUAUUUAGAGGCACUUAUUUCUCAUCGGCCUUCAUUGCUGCAUUUGGGAGACAGAGGGCUUCUCUUAUUUAUUCGUUUCUUCUCUACACCAGCUGGAUUUAGCUUAUUCCAAGAUGACAAUGUGGUUUCCAACCAUCUUCAUCAUUGGUUUACUAGCUACAAUUACAGGUAUGUUGGUGUCAUUGAGGGCGAACUGCAUGAUUCUCUUACCUUACAUAAACGAGGAGAAGAUGGGCGUUAUGUCCGACGGAUCAGCAAUGUGAAACAACGUGUUGCUGAUGUAUAUGUGCCACCGCAUCUGUAUGGACAGUUAGCUCAACAUGAAGCUGGUUUUAGAAUGCUUCUGGAUGGGGGUCAUUUGAGCUCCUAUUUUCAGAUUGUUCACGUGCAGAAUUGCAGUACUGAGAAAGAAAUCUUGGAGUUGAAAGCAGCAUUGUGGGUAUGUGGACAUGUAGCCACGUCAGUAUCUGGAUUAUCACUUCUAUCAGAGGAAGGUGUUGUGCAAGCAAUAGUUAAAAUAGCAGAAACUUCUGACGUUUACUCAAUUCGUGGUACAGCUGUCUAUGUUUUGGGACUGAUUGCAACAACAUUUCAUGGAGCUAAUGAACUACGAAAAGCAGGUUGGCUUAGUGUAAGACAUGACAGGCAUGAACGGUGGCCAGUUAUUGAAGAGCAGAUAGAUAUUGAUCUUUGCUCAUCUAGUGAAGCUGAUUCUGUUUCCACCUCUAGUAGUGCUGUGGAUAUGGAUUGCCAAAAGAACUUUUUCAUCGAUGAUGAUGAAAUAAGUGAAGAUGAAGCUGCAGUAUUGUCUUGGAAUGACAGCUCAGGAAGCAGUGGACCAAGGACAAGCAAGCCAACAAAUAUUCCGCAGCAGAAAUCGCAAACACUUCCUCAUUGGCGACCACCACGUCAUGUGCGCAGCAUGAGUGAGUGCAAGCAAUCAUCACCAGUGUGGGACCAUGCAGAUACGAGUGAUCGUGUUCAAAAGCUGAGUCCAAUACCCAGUUCCACUUCACUAAAUACACUUAAAUCAAGCAAUCAGCAACGGAGAAAUAGCCAUAUAAGCUACCGAAAGCAUUCUACACAAGGCAGUGUAUCUUCAGAGGGUGUUGCUAGUUCUCCAGAUGCUACCAGCUCAAAACUAAGUCAUCAAGACUUGCAAGGCUAUGCUACUUUACGCUCACUGAAUAGGUAUCGUCUUCCAUUUUAUCCUGACUCUACAACUCUUGCGGCGGAGGAGUUGCUUUAUUUUGAAGAAUUUAAAGGCAAUACAUCACUGUCGCUAGCUCUUCGAAUGAGAAGUUCAAGCAAUCAGUUUUCACAACAAUCGUUGUGUGAAUUUGAAGCCAGUAUGCCACCUCGUUUAGGUGGUGUCCCUAGCUCAGCAUCGUUGGGCUCCAAAGGAUACUUUCCGAAUUAUUUCAGUAUUGGUCGACAAACAGGCCCAUCCAGACAACAUGAUGAAACUCGCCAAUGCUAUAUGGGUAUCAGCUUACCACAACAAUUGAGUGUUCUUUUUCCAACAGAAGAGUGUCAUUCACAACAACACUCUGUAGCAACUAUGAGGCACAGGUGCUCAGUGUCGUUUAGUGAGAUGGAUGAAGUUGCAGAAACAGAUGAACCUGUUGGAGCAGAUUCGUUGUUGGAAUCAUCUUCAUCUUCAUCAGAAACUGAAGACUUGGAUGGUGGCUUAAAGGAGGUGCAGAAACCUGUGUCCAAACCUUACCAUCAUCUGUCAGCAGCAUGUUUAGCCUGUUGUCGCACUAGAAGUAGGAAAGUUUCAUCGAGUUCGUAUCGUCAUAGAACAGAUACUGAAAGCAGCUGUGGUGGAGCUGAUAGUCCAGUUAUUUUAAAUCGUAAAGGCCGGACCUGUAAUGCUGCUAUGCUGGUUGCUAACUCAGGUGGAAGUGUGGACAGCAACACCUAUUUGGAAAUACCACCAACCCAACAAGAAGAAGAUGAAGAUAUUGUCUUGAGCAAAUCCUUCGUUCGGAAACAAAUCUUAAAGAACAUAGAACGUAUGAGCAACCCAGUGUGGACCAAGAUAUCAAAGCAAUCUUUGCUACAAUUAAAACAAAAAUAUCCAGCAAGUUUCCAGGAUGUUUGUCUGUAUUCAGAAGUAUCCUAUAAGUUGGCCCAUUCUACAUAUCGUCUUAUGGCACGGCGUUUUAUCCAAGAACUUUUCCUCGACUUGACUUUUGAUGUGUUAUACGAGGAACCAGUUGCAAUUCUGUCAUCGCCAGCUUUAUCAGUACAUUCGAGAGACGAUCCAUCACUACCCCUACUUGCAAACAAGGAUGCUAAAGAUACAGAAGACAUCAUGUCAUCUGCUUCAACUCCUACAGUAUAUGUCAGUGAUGUUAGCAAUAUUACUGACAAGUCAAAUUUUCCAUUUCCAGUGGGUUACAGAAAUGAGAACUAUCCUACCGGAGAUACUAGUCAGAAACUGUGUGUUGAUAGUGUUUCUCUCUGUGCAGCUGGUGAUGAACCAAACGUAUAUCUGGAUUCAUGUAGUGGUUCAACGGCUUUGGUAAAUGUGUCUCAACAAAGUGAAUGUGUAAAACAGUUAACGAGUGAUGUGUUGUCAGGAGUUAAGUUUCCUACUACUCAGUAUUCUGUAAAUAAUAGGCUUGGACUCAAGUCACAAGCACAAAUUCAGCAGUAUUCAGGGCCCUUACAUCAGGAUAAUGGGGAUAUACCAAUGAUAGAUGAAGCUAUUAAUUUUACCUGCAUUGCAUCUACUGAAAUAUCACGAACAGAGGGAGGUUGUGAGCAUCCAGAUUUGUAUAAGGAAAGGAGUUCUUUGUCAAAUAGAAGAGGUAUUACACUGCCAAAAGUGGGUAUCAUUGGAUCUGGAGUACAUUUACAGAAAUCUGCUAUAGAAGUAGAUGAACUGCUUGGUAAAGGCAAUGCUUCCUUACGUAUAAAUGGUGAAGACUGUGCAUUGGGAUCUUCAAGACUAUCAAAUGUUAUUAAAUCUGAAGACUGCAACGCACCAUCCAGUGACAAAACUCUGUUGACAAAUUUAGGGGCCAAAGUCAUUAAAGAAAAAGAGAACAGUAGGAAUGGAAACAGUCCAGAGAAGUUGUAUGAUGUUAAUCGAACAACCAAUGAGACAGCCAAUCGUAGCUCAAGUUCCUGUGAUCAUCUAGACUCCACAACUAACCAGUCUCCUUCAGAAGCUGUGAUAUUGGACAGAGAGGCUGGGCAGUCUUCCAACAAAUCUCCAACACCUACCUCUUCCUCUUUUUUACCAUUAACAGACAUUAACAAUGAUGUAAACAAAGAUAAACCCACAGUGGUUAUAAGGCAGCGUAAAAUUGCAACUGUUUUGGCACCUAAUAUAUCACUCACAAAUUUCAAUUCAAGCAUAUUUUCAUCAGCUGAUAAACAUGAAGACUCAAAUGUUCCUAAUGACAUAAGAAGUAAAACAAGUGCUGUAACUGAAGUCCUCAGUAACAAUACAAAAUGAUGGUAGAUGAUUAUGUGAUCCACAACUAAACCAAAGUUCAGGAUGUUUUGUGCCAUUCGAUUGUCUUUCAAAAUAAAAAGAGCAGAAAAUUGUUGACCUCGGACAUAAAAAUAACUGUUCAAGGUUUUCCUCUUUGUAAAUCAACUGGUACUUUCCCUAUGAAUUACCUGAAAGACAAUUGUUCCAAACAUUUGAUUUUUAAUUUUUUAGAUCUGUCACUUUAUAUGGUGAAUGGAUUAAAACCUGUGAUAUAUUACAUAAGUGUGAAAAUCUUUGGGGAAAAUGUACCAAUCAAUUAAAAUUCUGUUUCCUGUUAAAAAUGCAAUGUGGCCAAAAUUGUCAAAUAGUAGCGAUUGCAAAAUAUUUUUAGACUAUAUUUAAUAUUGAGUGGUGUGUACAAAACCGAUAUUUAUUUGCUGUGGAAAUUCCUGUUGUUCAGCUAAACUUAUUUAUUGCUUAAGUUUCUAAAUAUGUAAUAUUGUUAAACAAUUUUAUUUUAUUGUUUGAGAAACAUUUUACUUCUGCUGACUGUUUUAUAAUAAAUGCGCCUAAGAAAUAGACUGUAUAUGAUUCUAGUCAACCCAAGUAAUUAUUGUAAUAACAUAAAAAUUGUACUUAAUUUCUGUUGCAGUGUGACUUCAGAUACUGACAAGAGUACUGAAACUGUUUAUUUGUAAUAAAGUCUGCCCAGUAGGGCAUCUCUCCUAA